AUGGUUACCCCGGCGGCCCCCGGCCGGAUGCGUGGCGCGAGCCCGCGACCUUUGCUGUGCGCUGCGGCUGGGCCAUGGCAGCCAGGAGGCUGCCCCGCCUGCCGCUCGCCAACCUACCAACAACCUCUUCCACGCGCCCAGCACCAACAACACCACCACAAAGGGCCUCGGGGCCGCCCCCGCCCGCUCGUCAGGGAGGACACCCCCUCCAGGGGGACCCACGCCCUCGCCGCACCGCGGCUUCGCUCUGGGGACCUCCCCGAGCCUCGCUGCCUCGGCCUCAGAGCCCUCUCAGGAGGCGGCGGAGGGAGGAAGGAGGGCCCGACCAGGGCCUGCCUGCCUGGACGACAACCAACCCCGCCCGGGGACGGCGGGGAGCCGACCACGCUCGGGAUACCCGUCCGCGGCCGCGAGGGAGCCCGCCCACCGAGGCCUCGCUCGCCGGCCCCGGCGCCGCCCGCCCGCCAGCCAGCCAACGCCAGCGACCCCCCUUCGUCCCCAUACACUUGCCUUGCCCGCGCUCCCGGACGCCCGGGAGGCCCGGGAGCGCGCAGCCCGGCUGCGGCCCGCAACACAGCAGGGCGAAGCUGCUCGGAGGCAGGGAACGUGCUGCACGGCCGGACCAAGAGGCCAAGAGGCGAGGGCCAGCGUGCGCGGGUGGUCGAAAAAGGGGCCUUGCCCGCUCGCAAGGCCAACGGCAACGGCGGCAAGCGACCGUCCGCACACGGCCUGCCUGCCGUCCGUCGUCCGUCCGUACAGUCCCCUCGGCCGCCGAUGGGCCAUCAUCCCCUCGCUGCUGGCCCCGCCAGCUCGAACCCCUGCCGCCAACCGACCGUCACGGCCGGGGGAAGGCGGCGCCCAGGCCGCCCGACCGCGACCGCCAUGGGGCCGCCGCCUCGCCCCGCGCGUCUCGCUCUCUCUCAGCCGCUGGCCCGGACCAGCCGCGCCCCCAGUAUAGGGUUAGCGGCGCGGCCGUUCACCCACCACGACCGGGAACAGGUCCUCCCGCUGCUCCUGUCCCACCGGGUGGAGGGCUCAGAGGAACGACGCCGGCAACCGGUGUACCGGCUUCGGGGCCAGACCCCGUUGGCAGGGGAAAUUCUCGUAAAUCCCCCGCCCGCAGGCCCCGCAAAAUGCCCUGGAAACCGUACGGUGCUCAUACGCAGUUCCCCCCCCCCCCCCCCCGGAGGCCCGGCAAAAUGCCCUGGAAACCGUAAGGAGCUCAUGGACACUGCCCCGUCCAUCACCAACUUUUUCCCUCUUCUACUUUGA